AUGCCGUCCAAACAGCCCCAAACUUCGUUGUUCCAAGUCUACUUGCGCCUGCGCCCGCCGAUGGCCCAGAAUCCCGACGAGUCCGAUCGAUUUCUCACAGUCGAAAUCCCCGAGACAUCUUCCGAUGAUGGAGAGAUCGUUGCAUCAGCUCCCACACACAUCACGCUUCAGCCACCUAGCGACUCUCGAAAACGCGCCAUUGAGAGGUUUGGCUUCACCAAAGUGUUUGAAGAGAGCGCAUCACAAUUGGAUAUCUUUCAUGACACUGGCAUGGAAUCACUAGUCAGAGGUGUCUUGAAGGAGGGCCGGGAUGGAUUGGUUGCGACACUGGGAGUGACUGGUAGUGGAAAGAGCCAUACUAUCCUAGGAUCCAAGUCCCAGCGCGGUAUCACCCAAAUGGCCCUUGAUGUCAUCUUCCGAUCCCUGGAGCCGACUAUCAAGACCGAGGAUGGUAGUAUCAGUCCCUUGAUGCUUGCAUCUCUCGCCGCAUCAGAUGCCUCGGAGGCACAGCUAUUUUCCGCUCAAACAUUUCUGGAAGCCGUCUACGGCGAACCCAACGGUGGUGACCGUGGCCGCAACUCAAGGGCACAGACUCCCAUGAGUCCAUCCCGCGCACACACCCCACUCACGGUACGGAGCCCUCAUACCCUAAACCCCCAUGAAGGAUCGCCAGCGAAGCAUCCACCCACCCCUGGAACUGGAUUUCCAAUGCCAUAUACAACCCGUGGAGACCCUCAGAGGGCGGACCCAAUCAGGAUGUCGAGUCCCAACUGCGCGGAUAAAACCGGCUUUGGAUCACUAUCAAAUGACCAGUCUGGAAGGAUUGUCUCAAGACCCUUCACUCCUCUCCCCUUUAUCCGCCCCGGCACGUUUGAGACCCGCUUAGCUAAAUCGCGACUUUAUGUCUUCAAGGAGCCCACCCCAGCAUUGGUUUUCCCUCGCCGUCAGCCCCGCGAAAAGCCCGUCACUGCACCAAGGCUACCCGAUGUCAGUCACCUGGCGGUCGAUCUAAAUUCAAGCUCCGACUACGUGGUGUUGGUAUCUAUGUACGAAGUGUAUAAUGACCGCAUUUUCGAUCUCCUGUCGCCUUCUCUGGUCCCAGGCCAAGGUAACACUAUGUCCCGUGGAAACACUCAAAAGGACAGACGACGCCCUUUAUUGUUUAAACCCACAGAAGGCUCGCCGGACCGAAAGCUCGUUGCAGGUUUACGCAAGAUUGCUUGCAGCACCUACGAGGAAGCAUUGGCAAUUCUGGAUGUUGGCCUGACGGAACGCAAAGUUACUGGAACUGGAGCGAAUAGUGUCAGCUCCCGAAGUCAUGGCUUUUUCUGUCUCGAGGUCAAGAAGCUGUGCCAUAGCAAGCGAUACGGGGAAGCGAGCUGGGUAGGAAAUACCCUUACAGUUGUUGAUUUGGCGGGUUCCGAAAGAGCGAGAACUGCGAAGACGGCAGGGGCUACUCUUGCAGAGGCUGGUAAGAUCAACGAAAGUCUCAUGUAUCUGGGCCAGUGUCUGCAGAUGCAAAGUAAUGUCCAAGACGGAGCUAAAACGGCGCUUGUUCCAUUCCGCCAAUGCAAGCUCACGGAACUGUUGUUCUCUAACUCUUUCCCCUCGUCCAACCAGAUGUCUCGGGGCCAGCAUCCCCAGAAGGCUAUCAUGGUUGUCACUGCUGAUCCUCUGGGCGAUUUUAAUGCUACCUCCCAAAUUCUGCGUUACUCAGCGUUGGCCCGGGAAGUCACUGUACCUCGUGUCCCAUCUGUAACAGAAUCGAUUUUGUCCGCUGCGUCUGGCAGUCAUCGUUCUGUGAGUGGACGGACAUCACCCAAUGAUGCACCGACCGAGGAUCUAGAUCGCGCUACAACGGAGAUAGCACGACUUACCAAAGAUUGCCAUGGUCUUGCAGUGCGGCUCGCAGAGGAGGAGAUCGCGCGAUCAGAACUUGAGAUCAGGCUGCAGGCGGCCGAGGAUCGUUGCGUGAUGAUUGAGCAAGAAGUCCGUGAAGAAUGCUGGGCUGAAAUGGACGAGCAGAUGGAAGGAGAACGGAGACGCUGGCAGAAUGCAUGGGAUGAACAGACUGGCCGUAACGACGAGCAUAUCGAUAAAAAGAUCGAGCUGGUCUCCCGCGGUUUUAAUAUUUACGAGGAUCCCGAGUCAUCUGUGGACAGCCGAGUGGAAGAGCUUGAACACGAGAAUGAGCAGCUGCGUCGUCGCCUGGCCGCUCUUGAACGUGAGAUGACAUCUCACUCACCUACCCGGAAACCGCGAUCGAAGAAUGCUCAACCCACUGCCGCCGCAUCAUCUCAUAUUCUUGGUCGGGAGAGUGAUGUUGAGAAUGCUCUUCAACGAAUGAACCAAUUGAACCUCACGGACACGAUGUUCAACCCUGCAUCCCAAACAUCUACUGCAUCUCCCGGCAAGAAAACAAGGAAACUCGGAGGAAGGAAAUGGGACUUGGUCUCGGAGAACGAGUUGUAG